AUGACAUUUUUACGAGAAAUGGGAGGGGGUGUGGCAGCAGGAAAGACGAAUCGAGUGGAGCAGCGGCGCGUGGGAGUUCGAUCAUUUGUCGCCGCAGUGCUGCUGCUCGGCGCGCUGCUGUCCGUCUACAUGGCCGUUCACGCCGUGCUCACUUAUGCGCCUACUGACAUAGCAGCGCUGUUGCCAGUCGCGAACUUGUUUCAUGCGGAGGACGGAGGGGCGCGCCGUGACUCUGUAACGCGGAUGGCGCAGAAUGAGGCGGCAAAAGAGCCGGCGGACACGCGGGCAGGAGAGGAAGCAACGCGUGGGGAGGAGGAGGGGACGGAGAGGGAGUGCGGGGUGGAGGAGGAGCGGAGGGCGGGGGAAGGGUGGCACGUCACGGGGGUGGCGAGGUUUGGGCGAGUGGAGGUGGAAGGAGCGGGCGCGGAGAGGGCUCUCGCUAACCAGCGCACGUGCUUCUCCGUGACUGCAUUCGAUGUAGCUGGAGACCCGUUCGAUGUUGGUUGCAGGCAGCGGGCGUUCUUCGUGGCACUCCUCGCAUUUGACACCCUCGCCAACCGCUCCUCCUCUCAACCUCUCGGUGCCGCCUCCUCCCUUUUCACCGACUCACCCUCUUCCUCCACCACCAUCACCGCCAUCACCAAUAGCAACAACAUCAGCGGCAGCAGCAGUGGUGGCAGCAGCAGCAGUGGCAGCAGCAGCGACAGUGGAGUGGGUGCGGAGGACCCAGAAAGUAGGUGGCGACGUUUCGGGAGAACGGCGAGAGUGACAGAGGCGCCGGCAUGGGACGAUGCUGCUAACGGGUGGACUGACCUGCGACUGGCAGCUCGAGUCACGUACCGCCCCGCCUCCUCCUCGCACCAGGUGUGCCUCACAGCGCCCUUCCCCGGCCCCUACCGGCUGUCGCUGCAUCUGCUCUUCUCCAACGCGUGCCAGACGCGCACUGCUCUCAGCAAGGCCUACAACCAGGGCUUCCAAAACUAUCACCUGGUGGCCCUCCGCAAGCUGCAAGUCACCAGCCCCCAGCCGUACUUCCCAGACGCGCUCAGAGAGGGCCUCCCCUGGUGCACGCCUGCCCUGCUGCGCUCCUCCGGCAACGAGGGCUACUGGAAGGACCAGCAGUGGCGCCCCCACGCGUGCCGCCUCAAGUCCGUUCAGCCCGCCGGUGUGCUCCGUUGCUUCCACCGCAAGCAACGCGUGCUGCUCAUGGGCGACUCAGAGAUGCGCUACCUCUUUGGCUUCCUCCAGGUCUUCCUUCACUCACACUCGCGCGCGGCCUUUGUGGAGUCCGAGAAGGCCAACAUGCAGGGCGUGCACGGGUUCCAUGGCUUUCCUCAGGUGUGGAGCCCCUUCGACGAGAGCGUGGGGAGUGGAUCGGAGAAGGUGCUGCGCAUGCGUGUGAGCAGAACCGACUACACGACCUUCUACUAUGGCUCGCUCUAUGACGGCUUCGUGCGCACCAGGUUCAACAUUACCAGGGACGGCCGGGCGUUUGAGUUCAAUCUAACAUACGUGGCACAGAUGGGGGCGGUGCAGGAGGUGCUGCCAGCGUGGAUGUUCAACACCAGCCUCCUGGGAGACGAUGUGCUGAGCCGCCCGGACACUCCCUUCCGACUCGUUGCCUUUGGCGCCUCCCUGCACGAUCUCACCACACUCAACUCCACACUGGACUACCGACGAACCGCAACCUCGCACCUGCUGCCCAGCCUGCGCCGUCGCUUGCAGGACGCGCGGCAGGUGACCUUCUUUGGUCCGUGGGCAGCCAGAGAGGACAUCAAGCCGCGCUGGGUGAUCAACAAAAGCAACAACGUGCGCGGCAUAGCCUUCGAGGAGGAAGCUUCCAGGUCGGUGGCACUUCAGGGAAAGUUUUCGUAA